AUGGAGGUGAGGAAUCAUGCUUUUUUGUGAUGGUUUAUGUGGGGGUCUACCGUCACCAUCCCAGAGGGAGCACAAAAUAUCUCUUUGCCUCAUCUCCUCGUGGAUGUGGCAAUCACAGCUCUGUGCAACAGCUGUGUGUGCAAAAGCACUUAGGGCGGACUGACCAUUUGGAAACUCGGGCACUGCCCGAGGGCCCGGGGUCAGUAGGGGGCCCCAUGAGAUGCCCCUGGUACCUUUUUCAUAGGCUUUUUUGAGUUUGGGCAAGGACACAGGGGCCCCAUGAUCUCCUAUUGCUCGGGGGCCCCAUGA